AUGCAUAACACUCUAGUUCCAACAGCGAGAGAACUUCCAUCAUUUUCAGAAGCUCUCGAGACAGCAAUAUCAGGCAAAAAAUUAUCGCACGAUCAUAUAGUAAGAUUGCUCAAUGCAAGAGAAAAAUCUGAAGUAGACGCACUUCAUACAGCUGCUGGCGAAGUCACAAAGAGAAACUUCCACAACGAAGUUUCUGUUCGUGGAAUUGUCGAAUUUUCAAAUGCCUGCGAAAAGCGAUGCCAUUACUGCGGUGUCAACGCAUAUGAGCCAUUCUUAAUUCCUCAUGAAGCUAUUCUUGGCUGCUGUGAUUUUAUGUGGAAGAAAGGAUACCGAAAUCUCGUUCUUCAAUCAGGAGAAAUCACAUCGAGACAAAGGAUGGAUUGGGUUGCUUCUCUUUUGGAUAAGAUAUUCGCCAAGUACGGUAAGGAUAAAGACACAGGCAUGUGCAUCAUUCUUAGUAUCGGUGAAUUGGAUUACAAAGAUUACAAGCGUUUCUACGAUAUGGGUGUUCAACGAUAUUUGCUCCGCAUUGAGUCAAGUAAUCCCAAGCUUUACGCAACAAUGCACCCAGCAGAUCAUUCUUGGACAAGGAGAGUUGAGUGUCUUCAAAAUCUCAAGAAGAUCGGAUACGUUACAGGCAAUGGCUGUUUAGUUGGUGUUCCUACUCAAACAUUUGAUGACCUUGCCGGUGAUAUUGAGUUCUUCCGUGAUGGUCAGUACCCAAUGAUCGGAUUAGGUCCAUAUUUGAUCCACAAUGAUACAAAGAUGGGCAAAGAAAUCCUUGCUUCUACAACAGCAGAUGAGCGAAAAGAGCUUGACGCCAGAAAAGUCCGAACAACUUUGAAUAUGUACGAUACAUUACGUCUUGCAUGCCCAUUCAACAACAUCGCCGCUACAACAGCACUAGAUACUUUAUUCCCAGGCGGAAAGUUCAUUGCUUUGCAGGGAGGAUCCAACGUUUGCAUGCCAAUUAUCACUCCAAAGGUUUUCAGAGGCGGAUAUCAGCUGUACGAAGGAAAGAAGGAAGUAGACGAGGACAACGAGCAAACUCAUCAAAGAUUGAUUGACCUCUGCAAGAGACUCGGAAAAACUCCAGUUUUCAACCGCUGGAAUCAUCCACCAGCUUAUUACAAGGCUCGUGAGGCUGCUGCUCAGGGCAAGUAA